GAUAGCACUUUGAAUUACUGUCGAGUCACUAGGUAAGCGUGAGUGAAACGUUGUUUGUCUUCGGUAUGAGGCAACACUGCCCGGAAGGAGGGCAAGCCAGAAGAUAAGUUCUGUAGAUAGCGGUUCUCUCCAGAACCAAUGCGCUUCCCGUCUAAUCUAGCUAGUAUUUAGGAAACACACGAUAUCUGGCAAAACAGCAGCAGCCCAAAACGUAGAAUUCGUUGGAUGUGUGCUUCAUUGACGACACAGAACAAGCGAGGUCGAAGAGGCCUCACGAUGUUGGUAGACAUGUGCCUGCUUAAGAAGUAACAAAUGGGAUAUAUAUAUUCAUGUAUACUAUGAUACGCUUACGGUGAAGUCAACUCAAGGAUUAGCAGGCAAUAAGCUAAUAUUAAGGAUCAAGUGAAGUGAACCGAUAAACGACAGAGAUAAGUGUGAAGUGGCGUAGCGUUACGGAAGUGCCGUGUCACAAAAAAAUUGCAUAUAGUCUUCUUUACAAGUGUCUUCACGAUGUAAGUUUGUGUUAUUUCACUUUGACGUUAGAGUUAAAAAGGCGGCGACAGUGCAAGGGAUUGACAGGUUCUGCAGAUCGGCUUUGACGUGUGCACACUGGCUUUUCUUAAUAUUAGUGAAUGUUUUUGGUGCGUAGUUAUUUUGAUACAGGUGGAAGCUUGAUGAAAGUAUCCAAUGACGAAAGGCGCACUGAUGUCUAUUAAAGGAAAGUGGUAAUUGUCUAUUCAGUGGUACCUGGGAUAGUUUCGGGUAGCUCAGCGUUCGUGCGAUCAAUCAAUCAUUGCUUGACUGUAUCAUUUUGUUGUCCGUAUUGCGGACACAACACAGAGGCACCAGGAUAACAAAGGGCCAUGAAGUGUCGUGGCUUUUGGAGGAGUCGAACCACGACGGUUCUAUUCGCGGUUCUCGCGGUGCAUACGACACAAGCUAACGGGCUGCGCUUAACGUCGCUGCUCGUACCGGGAUCAGUGCAGAGUGGCGAACACGUCAGAUUGCUCUGCGAGUAUGACCUUGAGUCGGAAACGUUAUAUUCGGUUAAAUGGUACAAGAACAAUAUUGAGUUCUUUCGCUAUCUGCCGGCAGAAGCAAUGCCUGGCCAGGUCUACGAUUUGCCAGGCCUAUUUGUCGACCCGGCGAAAUCGACGAAAAACGUCGUGUACCUUUCUCGAACAGAUAUCAACUCAGAGGGCGUAUACGGAUGUGAGGUAUCGACAGAGGGGCCUUCGUAUCAAACCGUGCGCGGGGAAAAAGAAAUGCGAAUUUACGUGUUGCCAAAUGAAGGCCCAGUAAUUCAGGGCCUUUCGACUAGUUAUCACGUGGGAGAUGUUGUUAAUGCGACUUGCUAUUCGAGACCUUCGCGGCCGAAGGCCAUGUUGCGAUGGUAUAUCAACAAUUUAGCGCCCUCGGGUCUGCACCAGAUUACCCAUUCAGGUGCGGUUCGGCAUGACAACGGACUUCAGUCAGUCAGCUCAAACAUCCAGUUCACCAUCAGACAAACAGACGUCGCCAGGGGGCGUUUAGAGCUAAGGUGCAUGGCUUACGUGCUACAGACGGAGAGCCGUACGUCCGAGGAGCUCGUCAUGGGAGAUCGCGUCCAGCCUGUACGCUACCCUAAGAGGAACACAGUGUUCACAGGUGAAGCGCGCGAGGUGGGCAGUCCUAUUAUUCGAACAGCCCGGCAGCGUUACGAUGUGGGCGACGAGCUGAACGUCAACUGCUCAGGAGGCGGAGACGUGGCACAGAUCGUGCAACUUCAGUGGUACGUCAAUGACAAAGAGGCCCGACAGGACGUUCUCCGAAAAUACAACAAUGCCAGUCCUAAUGGUGGGAACCUGCUCGGCUUGCGGUUUCGUCUGCAGCCUGUACACUUUCCCAAUGACGAGCUGAAGCUAAAGUGUGUCGCGACAACGAUGAAGGAGGUAUCACAGAGCAGCGACGCGUUUGCAUAUGAGGCCAGCCAGUACGUUUCUGGGCUCCAUCUCACUUCGGGCGCUGCGGGGAGCCCAAGUGCUUGUUACAGAACGCCGGGGUUGCAUAGUACUUUUUUUGACGCGCUGCAGACGACGUUGGUGACGCUGUGUUGUGCGAUAUUCUUCUUUGGCCAGCUGCACUUCCGGUUCUCACUGUAAUCAUACGGCGAUGGGACCGAGCUGAUGAAUUUGACUCAAGCGAAAAAAGAUUAUAAGAGGAAACUAGUGAGCACCAACAGAUCCACCACUUAAUUGCCGUCACGGUCGAAGAUACAAGCGAAAUACUACUCCUGCUAACACGUAGAAAAUAGAAUAAACCAAAAAAAAAGCCACGAUUUACGCGAUGAUCAGUGAGGUAACAAGGAUACGGAGUAUAAAUGUGGACUAAGAUCACGAGCAACCGAAACUCUAUGUGCGCAUGCUAUCGAGGGUACGUAAGGAGCAGCCAUAUCGUACGGAAUCAGACGGACAGGCAAGAACGCACAGAAUAGCAAUAAAUAUGUUACCUCCGUGAGAAACUUAUACAAGGUAUAAUGGAUAAUUAGUAAUUAUCCAAUAAUUAAUAGUAGUAACCGGGCGACAAAUCAAUUCGCAGUUUCUACUGGAAUUUUAAUCCGCAUCGAUUGAGCGUGUGUUACUUCGCGAAACUAGGACAAGCAUGUACAGACGCAAUCACUUUUGUUUUACAAAUCGGCCUGAGCUUGGCCCAUUGUGUUCGAUCUCAUCAAAAAUCUGUUGGCGGACACGAACCUAAUGCGUCCUACAAUAUGUCGAUAGUCUCGCUUAUUUGCACGUGUGGUAAAUUGCGGCUCUUUACUGAGUUAGAUUAGGUACUAUGGAUAAUAUUUCUGUUGUGAUUGUUUAGCAACAAUUUGGUAUAGCCAUAACGGUUUUGCCUAAGUUUGCCGCGCUGUUAAAGGAUUCUCUCGAGCCUUUCUCGGGUGGUCGACCUACUGCGACUAGAGGCAGCUCAUUAGCUUUGUAUCGCUAGCAAGAAGCCCAGCUAGUUUCAUUGGCCGCAGACCUUUGUAAAACAUGGUAUCAAUAACCAUAGAACAACGAGCCAAGAGGCCGAUGAAUAUAGCAUAUGAUAUAAUGGUUGGUUAUGCCCUCGAUAAGACCCUCGAUUCUCGAAUUAUUGGGCAACCACCCCUCGGUCCGUUCACGUUCGUUCUCCGAUCGAUCGACCAAUAACAUGAUAUCGACGUCGCCCAAAGAGCGACCUAAUGCUAUCGGAAGCAAGAUACCAUCCGAAGUUGAACCCGCAGUUAUCAUGCGCACGGUUUCUCGCCCUCUAUAUCUUCGACUGUAGCUCAAAUUCACAAUUAAAUAUGAGGCAGACAAAGGCAGCAAGAAAAACUAAACAAGCAGGAAUAAAUAGAUAGAAUUGAAAGCUGACCCUUACCACACAGGUUCUAAAGAGACAUCAGGGACUAGGUGGUGAUAGUUCAAAACGGAAGGCGUUUUUCAUUUUGACAUGAAGGAAUUGUAAGAGAGAUUCUUUUUUGUGCGGCACAUGACCGUCUGAGAGAUAACCUUGGCCUCGACUUCGGGACUUUCGUCGCUGACGACAUGAUGAUCCGCCAUGGCUUCGUGCUGUACAUAGCUAGGUAGGGUUUGCGCGAAAGGGAUGGAACGAAAGACACAAAGAGAGACUGGGCUGGAAUAGGCUACGAUGAUGGAACACAAGGACGAAAAUUGGGCGAACUGGUGUUGGGAAUGUCUGAUAUGGGGCGAGCUCAACUGUCUUGGGCCCCGAUAUUUUUUUGGCUUAUACAAAUAAUGCAAGAAAGAGUACUGUAAAGGUAUAGUUACAGGGGAAUACAGAGGCGGGUAAAUAUUUUAAUGCUUACUCGAUACUGCUCCCUAGGGGACAAGUAUUAUUAUAAGAUCGAAGAGGAUCUCAGGGGGCUAGACCGAUGCGGCUCAAACAACUCGAGCACUCUGAAGAAUCUCAUUGUGAGAGGAAGAUGGCAGGAAGCAAAGCCGAGGUCCUCUACUGUGUGACUAUUACAGUCAACACUAAUAUGAUAUAUUGACAUAAUAUAUAGUUAUCGAAGGCAUCCGUGCA